GACGCCUCAACUUUCUUGUUUUCCCGCGUAAACUGUUACGAAUGCGUACCGGUUGUUUUCAGUCGUGUUUGUGUAUAUAAAUUUUAUAAUCGUGAAGAUAUUUGUAAAAAUAUUUGUAAACAGUAUUGUGUUAAAACAGUAAAAUUAAUCGGAAAAAAUGGAUAUUGAUCGAGAUCAAAGAUUAGAAGAAAUACAAAGAGAGUAUAUGGAUUUUUUAGAUGAUAUGGAAGAUCAAGGCAUUUAUACUACUCUUGUUAAAAAUAUGAUUGAAGAAAACAAUCGCAGACUGUAUGUAAAUGUUAAUGAUUUACGAAGAAAGAAUCCUACUCGUGCAGCGAGUCUAUUAAAUAAUUCUUUUGAAGAACAUCAAGCUUUCCAAAAUGCAUUAAAGCAAUUUGUUGCAAGCAUUGACACAGAGUAUGCAAAACAAAAUAUAGAUUUUUUUAUAGCAUUUGAAGGAAGUUUUGGAAAUAAACAUGUUACACCAAGAACCCUUACAUCACGCUUUUUAGGUAACUUGGUAUGUGUAGAAGGUAUUGUUACAAAAUGUUCCUUGGUACGUCCAAAGGUUGUGAGAAGUGUUCAUUAUUGCAAUGUAACACAUACAGUAAUUGAACGAACAUAUACUGACUUUACUUCAUUUGAAGCAUUUCCACAGUCUGCUGUGUACCCAACUACAGAUGAAGAUGGUAAUCCAUUAGAAACAGAAUUUGGCCUUUCUACAUACAAAGAUCAUCAGACAUUAACAAUUCAAGAAAUGCCAGAAAAAGCACCAACCGGUCAGCUACCAAGAAGUAUAGAUGUUGUAUGCGAUAAUGAUUUAGUAGAUAUUUGUAAACCUGGAGACAGAGUUCAGAUUGUUGGAAGCUUCAGAUGUCUACCUGGUAAACAAGGAGGAUAUACAACAGGAACUUUCAGAUCGAUCUUAAUUGCUAACAAUAUCAUGCAAUUAAGCAAAGAAGCUAAUCUAACUAUUUCUCAUGAUGAUAUUGCUAAGUGUAAAAAACUUGCAAAAAACAAUCCUUGUAAAAAUAUCUUUGAAUUACUUGCUAGAUCACUAGCACCUUCCAUUCAUGGUCAUGAUUAUGUGAAGAAAGCAAUUUUAUGUUUAUUACUUGGUGGUGUUGAGAAAUUAUUACCUAAUGGUACAAGAUUAAGAGGAGAUAUUAAUGUUUUGCUCAUUGGUGAUCCAUCUGUUGCAAAGUCGCAACUUCUGCGCUACGUUUUGUGUACAGCUCCAAGAGCAAUACCAACUACUGGUAGAGGAUCAUCUGGUGUGGGUUUAACAGCCGCAGUGACUAUAGAUAAUGAGACAGGAGAACGUCGGCUUGAAGCUGGGGCUAUGGUAUUAGCGGAUCGCGGAAUUAUUUGUAUAGAUGAAUUUGAUAAAAUGUCAGACAUUGACAGAACAGCUAUUCAUGAAGUGAUGGAACAAGGAAAAGUAACAAUUGCUAAAGCUGGAAUACAUGUUAGCUUAAAUGCAAGAUGUUCAGUGCUGGCAGCUGCAAAUCCAGUUUAUGGAAGAUACGAUCAAUAUAAGACACCAAUGGAAAAUAUUGGACUCCAGGAUUCAUUGCUUUCACGUUUCGAUUUAUUAUUUGUUAUGCUAGACAUUGUGGAUUCUGAACAAGAUCAAAUAAUCAGUGACCAUGUUGUUAGAAUGCACAGGUUUAGAAGUACAAAAGAAAAAGAUGGAGAGGCAUUACCUCUAGGCAGUAAAGUAGAUAUAUUAAGUACAAAAAAUCCAGAUCAAAUUCUUCCUGAUGAAAAUGACACUCAAGUUUACCAAAAAUAUGAUCCCUUAUUGCAUGGAUUAUUGCAAUCUAAAAGCGAUCAAUUACUAACUAUAAGUUUUAUGAGGAAAUAUAUUCACAUAGCUCGUUGUAUGAAACCAAAGCUUACAGAGGAAGCUAGUGAAGUAAUUGCUUCCGAAUAUUCAAAAUUACGAUCUGAAGAAUCGAUAAGUUCUGAUGUUGCAAGGACUCAACCAGUAACAGCUCGUACUUUAGAAACAUUGAUUCGAUUGUCUACUGCACAUGCAAAGGCUCGUUUAUCAAAAAACGUUACCGCAGAUGAUGCGCAUGCAGCAAUAGAAUUGGUAGAAUUUGCCUAUUUCAAACGAGUUCUGGAAAAAGAAAGGAAGAAACGAAGGCGACAUGAUAGCGAAGAAAGUGCAGGUGGAGACGAGGAGAACGAAAUCAAGAAGAAACGUACAAAGAAGAAUAACGCGGGAGAACAAGAUCCAUAUGAUUUUGAAAGCGAUGAUGACAGCCACAUUGAUGAAGCUGCAAAAAGAAUUACUAGGUCGCAAAUGAAAUCGACUGAUUCAAGUCAGCCAUCAGCACCAGAUUCUGAUCAAACUGUAGAAUCAGAAACUACUGCAACUAUCACUGAAGAAAGAUUGAAGGUUUUCAGAGCACUUCUUCAUAAAUUGUUCCAACAACAAAGGGCACAAUCACUUUCAUUAUCAACAGUACGCGAAUAUAUCAAUACUCAACAAAGUCAAGAAUUUACAUCGAACGAAAUUACCGCUGCAAUUAACAAAAUGUCUGAUGCGAAUCAAAUUAUGGCCGCAGAUGAUAAUAUCUUCCUUAUGUAAAAUGUAUUUGGUACUGUAAGUUAUCCUGUAUUUUUUAGAUUAUGGAUAAUUGUAAAUUUGUUA